AUGUACAACACCGAAUUCGGUCGGAGGCUACGAAGUCAAUCUUCGGGCGCAUCCACACCCUCCUCUUCUUCCAAACGAGACAGCUCCAGUAGAACAACAGAUGCUUUACUCGGUUCUACCACCGAUCGUCUACUUGCAGGAGCAUCCGCAACCUCUCCCAUCUCCAUACCCGGACCUUCAUCUCGAGAUGCACCGCAUGCACGUAAAUCCACCACCACCACCACCACCACCACCACCACCACCAGUAGUGCACAUCGAUCUUCCAGCCUAACCAACCUUGCAGGAGUAGCUUCUCGUGGGGGAGAAUCUUCACGGUCAGCCCUGUCAGUUUCUUCCAGCAUCAAAUCUUGCUCCCCCAGCAAAAAGGUGCUUGCGAAUAGCUACGUUGAUCGAUACAUCCCACAGAGAGAUGGAAGGGAUCUGCAUAUAGCGUAUCAGUUGAUAGCUGAUGAUCCGUCUACAUUGCAUCGGCAUAAGCGGAAAGUGGCGGUGGAUACAGAUGCGCACAAGGAAGAGGCGAAUCAGGCUUUCUCUUCGCUGUUGAGCUCAGAGCUGUUUGGUGCCGAUGCUGCGUUGCCUGGCUCACCGAGUAGAACGCAGAGGGCCAACUUUGCCUCUAGUUCCAGCUCGAGUGUGCAUACGAGUGGUGGAUCUAGUGCCACUAGGCAUUCAAGUCAUACGGGCGGCUUGGCAUCUCCUGCAACGCCGACAAAGAGGAAUCUUUUCAGUUAUAGUCCUUCGCAUACUCGCACACCUGGUCGCAGCGGGUCGGGCAUAGGCAGAGUGGUUGAUUUUGGCAUUGCGGGCGAUGACGAUUUAGGUGGAAGCGCUCCGAGAACGGGAGGCCUUUUCGGAGGGCUAGCAUCUCAGUCGGUUGAAACGCUCGAUUCACCUAAUCAUCGAGCAUACAGCUUGUCGCCGGUAAAGGCGGAGAGUAGGAGUUUGCUGCUCAGCCCACGGAAACCGGCGAGAGUGUUGAGCAAGGUACCGUAUAAAGUUUUGGAUGCGCCCGAUCUUGCCAACGAUUUCUACCUAAACCUCGUCGAUUGGUCAAAUAAGAACGUCCUCGGUGUCGGACUGGGCACCUGUGUAUACCUCUGGUCUGCAGACAAUUCGUCGGUUACCAAGUUGUGCGAUUUGAAAGAGUAUAGUAACGAUGUUGUGACUGGGUUGAAUUGGGCUAAUAGUGGGAGCCAUUUAGCGAUUGGGACUCAGAAAGGUUUGGUUCAAAUAUGGGAUGUCGAAAAGCAGAAACUUUUGAGGACAAUGAGGGGCCAUACUCAGCGAGUAGGAUCGUUGGCUUGGAAUGAGGUUAUUCUGACUUCGGGUUCAAGAGAUAGAACUAUCUACCACAGGGAUGUGAGAGCGCCGGAUCAACACAUUCGCACACUUCGAGCACAUCGUCAAGAAGUUUGUGGUCUCAAAUGGAACACGGAUACGAACCAACUUGCUUCGGGUGGAAACGACAAUCGCCUCCUAAUCUGGGAUUCUCUCCUCGAAACACCGCUGCAUCGGUUUACCCAACAUACGGCUGCGGUCAAGGCUAUUGCUUGGAGUCCGCAUCAGCAAGGCAUCCUCGCGUCAGGGGGUGGUACUGUGGAUAUGAAAAUCAGAUUCUGGAACACGGUUACCGGAACGAUGCUGAACGAGGUGGAUACAGGGAGUCAGGUCUGUAACCUUGGGUGGAGUAAAACGAGCAACGAGUUGAUAAGUACACAUGGAUAUAGUGGAGGGACGGUACAGAAUCAAAUCACGGUAUGGAAGUAUCCAACGAUGCAACAAGUGGCGACACUUACAGGGCAUACAAUGAGGGUGCUGUAUCUAAGUAUGAGUCCAGGAGGGGAAACGAUUGUUACGGGCGCUGGGGAUGAAACGCUUAGGUUUUGGGAUCUAGGCUUGAGUAGUAGGGCCAGUGGCGGUGGAGGCGCGGGAAGAGGGGGAGGGGGGAGAGGUGGCGUAGAAGGCGGGGCUUUUAAUCCUUUUGCCAAACUUCGUUGA